AUGGCUGCCCCCUCGGUGAACGCUGUGCGAGGAUGGUCUGGCCUGGUUCUGGGUUUACGGGCUCUCGUGCCCCGGCUUCCUGGGCUGACCCAGGUGAGGUGGAGCCGCUAUGGCCCCGAGUAUCAGGAUGCCCAGACUGCCAAGGAAUAUCACCGCAAGCCCGUGGCCGAGUUGACAGAGCAGGAAAAAUAUGAACGGCAACUCAGGAAGACUCAGGUCAUCAAAGCCGCCCCCGCGACCAAAACCUGCUCCGUGUUUGAGGACCCGCUGGUCAGUAAAUUUAUCAACAUGAUGAUGAAAGGAGGAAACAAGGUGCUGGCCAGGCAACUCAUGGUGCAGACCCUGGAAGCGGUGAAAAGGAAGCAGUUUGAGAAAUACCAUGCUGCUUCUGCAGAGGAAAAGGCAUCCAUCGAGCGCAACCCCUACACCAUCUUCCACAAGGCCCUGAAAAACUGUGAGCCUGUGAUCGGGCUGAUGCCCAUCCUCAAGGGCGGCCACUUCUACCAGGUCCCCGUGCCCCUGGCUGAGAAUCGGCGCCGCUUCCUGGCAAUGAAGUGGAUGAUUACUGAGUGCCGGGAGAAGAAGCACCGGCGGACACUGAUGCCGGAGAAGUUGUCUCAUGAGCUACUGCAGGCUUUCCACAGCCAGGGCCCGGUGAUCAAGAGGAAACACGACAUGCACAAGAUGGCCGAGGCCAACCGGGCGCUGGCCCACUACCGCUGGUGGUAG